GAUCCGCAACCACCAGAACCAUGGUCCAGCGACAGAGACGCUUCGUCUAACGGAAACGUCUGUCUUCAGAUGGUAACGAACAUUGUCAUAGGCGAAGAAGACUGUCUCUAUUUGAACGUGUAUACCAACGAUGUAAUAUCUCCAAAGAAAAGUGCUGUGAUGGUAUGGAUACAUGGUGGAGGCUUUUUUGUGGGAGACGGUCCUUCGUUGUAUUACGGUCCCGAUUAUAUCAUGCGGAAGGAUGUGGUACUCGUCACCCUGAAUUACAGAUUAGGUGUUCUAGGUUUUCUCAAUUUUUAUAAGGAAAUGGCGACAGGAAAUCAGGGUUUAAAAGAUGUAGUUAUGGCGUUAAGAUGGGUUAAAAGAAAUAUAUUGCAAUUCGGUGGAGAUCCCGAUAACGUCACAAUUUUUGGUCAAAAUGCGGGUGGAGUGAUGGUUCAUUAUCUAACUAUUUCACCGUUAGCUAAAGGUUUAUUUCAUAAAGCAAUAUGUCAAAGUGGUGUCAUGACAGUUCCUUGGGCUUUCACUGAACAAGACGAUGCUAUCAAUAACGGUCUGAUGUUAGCCCAGAAGCUUGGUAAUGCGACUUUUGAUCCGGAAGACGCCUUGAAAUUUCUGAAAGACAUAGACGGAAGAAAAUUGAUAGCAGCGGAGAUUGGCUUAGAUAUUUUGCUUGCAUUUACGCCGACCGUGGAUUCCAAGUCAUCGAAUCCUUUUUUACCAGAAAAUCCAUUGCAAUUAUUACGUAAUGGAAUUGAAAUACCAAUUAUGUUCGGAUAUAAUAGCCAGGAAGGCAAUUGUUUCAUAAAUGCCACUUUUGUCGGCCUGGUAAACAACGAGACUUUAAAGGAAAUUGAUUAUGAUUUCAAGAAAGCCAUAUAUCCUAGAUUUUUGCGUCAAUUACCACAACUUGGGAUCACGGUACCAGAAUUACGAUCAUUAUAUUUGGUAAUAAAACAGUGUCGGAGGAAACUAUAA